UCUGGGUGCGUUGUCCAUCAAAGAAAGACGACACAUCGAACACGUCUAUUCUUGAAUUUUUUUCUUUCAGAUCAUGUUCGUUGGUGGCUACUCUCGCUGGAAAUAAUUGUGACUGUGGCGUUACCAGAGUACUAGUUGAUAAGCAAUGCAUAGAGCUUGAACAAAGCGGAUUUCUGAAAGAUAUUCUCCGCUGCGUCCUGACUCCGGAGUCAAGCAGACGUCAACUUGUGUAUCGUACUCGUUUCUGAGCAACUAAAAGAAACUGACGGAUUUAUAAUUCACAGAACUAGAAGCAAUCAAAAACUGGAGAAAAUUGAGUGAUUUUCAACAGCAAGGCAAUUGAGGAUGAGUCGCCGCUCAAAUGAUGCCUCGCCCGAACCUGCGCCCUAUCUUGGGAUAUUCCUGGUGGCAACUGGUAGUGACGCGGAUUGUCGUCCAGAACAGAUUCGAGCCUUUCUUCAGAAGCAUGUUGGUCCGGUACGAAUUGUUACCAGCUCUCGAUCUUACACUAAUGACAAAACAUUCCUGACCAUGGAGUUUGCAUCACAGAAUAUGGUACGCGACGCCAUUGAAAACUAUAACUACUCAAGGAUCAAUGGCUGCUUGAUCAACAUCAAUCGCUUCCGCAGUAAGAACAUGCAAGGGCGCAAUGCAUUUGGCGGGUUUCAGAAGGGCUUUACUGUGAAGCAGGACGGCUCGCGACAGGGCCGUGUCCAUCAGAGUGUGCGGGGUCGAAUGAAUAGUAACUUGUCCAAGCAGGAGCGCGAGCGCAUGAUGGACGAAAAGAUGCGCCAGAUGUCACCCGCGUCGGCAGCACGCUACAUCGAGUCUCGCCUGAAUAGGCAGCGCGACCAAAGCGACUCUCGGUCUCGCUCCUCAUCGUACUCGUCCCGUGGUAGUCGCCGACGGGGUCGUUCCGGCUCUCCCUCCUACUCUCAUUCCCGCUCUCGGUCGCGAUCCUACUCGCGCGACAGGUCCUACUCAAGGUCCAGAAGUCACAGCAGAAGUCCGCAUCGCGCUGGCAGACACAGCAAAUCACCCUCCUCCAGGACUCACAGCGUAUCACGUUCGAAAUCACGCUCUCCUCGGGCUCGAUCACAUUCGCAUAGCCGAACACACUCACGCAGCCGCAGUGGCAGCCAUCGGAGAAGCGGCAGCUAUGAUGAAGACAACUACCGGCAUCGGCGGCGCCGCUCCAAGAAAGGCAGGAGAAGACAUCGCUACUCAGACAAAAGCGACGAUGAAGAUGGUGAUAAGAAGAGUGGUGGCAUUGAGAGCAUAUCUGUGGGCGAUGUCAUGCUGUCCGUUCCUCUUGACACUUUGACCGAGGAUGAGCAGAAAAAGGUCCAGGAAAAGCGAGAGGAGAUGUCAACGGAGUUUCGUCAAGAUUGCGACACUGUUAUCCAGGUGGCAAGACUCUUCUCUAACUACAGUCGUCAUGAGCGUGACCUGGAGAAGAUGCUUCGUCGUUCAUUGGCUGCAAUUGGCCAGCGGUACGUCAGUGACUUUGAAGGCUGGUUGAAAGAAACCAUCCCGCAUUCUGUCGAAACUACCAACCAAACCGACACUGCAAUUGAAGCAACGUAAGCCUGCAUCAAAUGAUGUGUUGCUAGGCUUAGUCUAUCAUUCCCCGUUGUCAUCAUCGACUUCUUCUCCUUCUCCUUCCCGGCUCUCUUCCUUCUUCUUUUUUAAAGUCCUGCUUAGCACAAUGCCUUGCAGUAACCCACAUAUCAAACACAUUGCCGAUUUAUCCUAUUUAUUAUCUGAGACCCCCUUGAGACAAAUACUUUUAUUCACACAACAGGUGACAUUAUUUGUACAUAGCCGAGAGCUGUACGGGGUCGCACACAGCUCUGUCAUUUUACCAUGUAUAUCAGUUUACAGGUCUAGUAUUUCCCUUCAAAGUACUGGGUUCGUGCCACAUCAGCUAAGCUAAUAAUUGCUCAGUUUUUUAGGUUUUGCACGACAGAUGGAGUCUGGAGUCGCACGCUCAGUUCUUCAUCACAGAUGGAGUCGAUUUUCAUCUACAUUGCAGUCUUGUGAAUAGCAACAAAAGUCUGUAUUGUGCUACUGUGA